UUUGUUUUGAGUGCACGUGCGCGACUGAAAUUAGGGAACACACGACCAAGCGCUAUUUAUACAUCGUGCUCCGCGCGACUUCUCAUGCCGGCCCGAACUUUUUCAAUGUAAAGGCUAGCAGUAUUUUCGUUGGCAGCACGGCACUCGAGCAUCACGGGGCGGCCGAUCCGCGGAUUGAUGGAGUUUUUAAUUAUUUUGAAAUGGCAAUAUCGGACCGGGUAGGUGGUGCCGCGCGGGCUGCAGACUCGCGCCCGGCCCCGCCCAGAGGUUAUUUAAAUAUAUCGUGACGUAGUCUUCGGUGCGUACGCUUCCUUGAUCCGUCUCGUGCCCUUCCGUUUAGAAAAUAUAAAUUAAGAGUAGUGCCACUGUAAACAAAUGGACGACGUUAAUUUUUAUGGUCGAUAUGGAGCACGGAUACUCUGCCGUCGGAGAAUCGGUUUGUGUGUGUGCAAAUACUACAGUGUUGCUAUACUAAGCUGUUUUAUGUGAUUUUCGUAAAAUGUUGAGUGUGAUAAGUGUGCUGGUAUAAUGUCUUGUGACGGGAUAGUUUCACAUGUUACAUCGGCUAUUGGUACGGCCCUCCGCAAGGGUGGAAGGAUUUUAGGAUGCCCACAAAAAUUAUGCAACUUCAUAGUGCACGAGAGAUGCGUGGGGCAGGUCGUCACGCCUUGCUCCGGGGUAGCGCCGAGCCAUAUAAAGAACCCGGUGGCGCACUGCUGGUCGGAGCCCACCUCACACAAGCGCAAGUUCUGCACCGUCUGCCGCAAGAGGCUCGAUGAGCUGCCGGCACUACACUGUAUGAUAUGCGAGUACUACGUGCACGGGGACUGCGUGGACUUCGCGGCGGUGGACUGCAAAGAAAACGCGACGUACAGCGCCGGCAGCGCGCCGCGGCACACGCACCACUGGCGCGAGGGCAACCUGCCCGCCAACUCCAAGUGCUCCGCCUGUCGCCGCGCCUGCUGGUCCGCCGAGUGCCUCACCGGAUACCGCUGCGAGUGGUGCGGCAGCACGUGUCAUGCCGGCUGCCGCGCGCUCAUCCCGGACGAAUGCAACUUCGGCGCGCUGCAGCCGAUCUUCCUGCCGCCGUCGGCCGUGUCCAUCCCGCGCACGGAGGUGCCCAUGGAGGCCAUCAUCGGCGUGCACGUGCGGCCGCCGCCAUCGCAGCGCGACUUCGGCUGCCCGCGAAGCGUGAGCGAGGAAUUCAGCUCGGGCUGCGAGGGGCGGUCGGGCUCCGGCGGGGGCUCCACGGGGGCCCCGGCCGACCAGGAGCACCGGGCUGAACACAAGCAGCACCGGGAUCGGACGCCCGAUGACAGAGAAGAAGAAGUACUGAAAGUGUACGACGGCGAGAGCGCGCUCGCCAACCACCUGUACCGCAACGUGGUGGUGGGUCGGGGCUGGGGCGAGCGGGAGCUGGUGGCGGCGGCGCUGCGCGCGUUCCACGUGGCGCGCGACCCCGACCAGUUCGAGCUGACGGACGCGCUGGCGGGCGACGAGCCCCCGCUACGCGAUCCCACGCCGCUCGCCCGCGUCACCAGGAAGGAGAACCGCCGACCCGCAUUAUUUUUACGUUUUAAGGAGCCGGAGACGGGCAGCGGCGAGGUGCGCGUGUACCCGGGCCGGAUCGCGGGCGCCGGCGACACGUACGUGACGGUGCCGUGCUCGGGCGACGACACGGUGGCCGACCUCAUGGCGGCCGCGCUCGAGCGCUUCGGCCUCGACCCCGCGCAGGCCGUGCUCGACUACCGCUGCUCCGAGAUCCUGCUCGACAGGGGUGCAGUAACGGAGCGCGUGCUGGAGGAGAGCGAGCGGCCGUGGCGCAUCGUGGUGCGGCUGGCGCGCGAGUCCGUGCGCCGCAUGGAGUUGGCGCGGUUCUACCUGCAGCCGCGCCGCGACCCGCACGGACCCACGCUCGCGCUGUUCGUGGCCUCGCUGCCGCCCGGCCUCAGCGAGCGCAACUAUGAGCACAUGCUGGUCCAGGUGCUCGGAAACGAUAUGAAGUUUACGUCAAUCGGGCCUAUUUAUUAUGAGUACGGUUCGAUGGUGAUCACGUAUGAGGACGCCAGCAAGGCCGUGCGCGCCCUCUACGCCCUCCGAGAGGCCAAAUUCGACGACAAACCUUUAUUAGUGAUGCUCCUCCCGAGCAUAGAGCCGUCGAUGGUGCCGGCGGAGGUGAAGCCGCUGCUGGUGUUCGUGAAUGUCAAGUCGGGCGGCUGCCAGGGCCUGGAGCUCAUCUCCUCCUUCCGCAAACUCCUCAACCCCUACCAGGUCUUCGACCUCGAGAACGGCGGGCCUUUACCGGGGUUAUACGUGUUUCGGCACAUCCCCAACUACAAGAUCCUGGUGUGCGGCGGCGACGGCACCAUCGGCUGGGUGCUGCAGUGUCUCGACAACGUCGGCCAGGACUCGCAGUGCUCCAACCCGCCUUGCGCGAUCGUCCCCCUCGGCACGGGUAACGACCUAGCGCGCGUCCUCCGCUGGGGCUCCGGCUACACGGGCUGCGAGGACCCGCUGUCGCUGCUGCGUGACGUCAUCGACGCCGAGGAGAUUCGCCUGGACCGCUGGACCGUGGUCUUCCACCCCGAGGACAAACAGGACGAGCCCAAGGACCUCUCCAAGCAGAUACCAUGUAAUAAAUAUAUACGUUCACAGAGCGAGGACAACUCGCAAAUAUUAGUUAUGAAUAAUUAUUUCGGGAUCGGAAUAGAUGCUGAUCUCUGUUUAGAUUUUCACAAUGCUCGUGAAGAAAACCCUAAUAAAUUUAAUAGCAGAUUACGUAAUAAGGGUGUGUAUGUGAAGAUGGGCCUGCGCAAGAUGGUGGGCCGCAAGAUGUGCAAGGACCUGCACAAGGCCGUGCGCCUCGAAGUGGACGGCAAGCCCGUCGACCUGCCCGCCGUCGAGGGUAUUAUUAUACUAAAUAUACUCAGUUGGGGUUCCGGCGCGAACCCGUGGGGCCCGGAGAAGGACGACCAGUUCAACAAGCCCAACCACUGGGACGGCAUGCUGGAGGUAGUCGGUGUCACGGGCGUCGUCCACCUCGGCCAGAUACAGUCCGGCCUGCGCGGAGCUAUGCGGAUAGCACAGGGUGGUCACAUCAAGAUAAACCUGAAGAGCGAGAUCCCCGUGCAGGUGGACGGUGAGCCGUGGGUCGCCGCGCCCAGCGAGGUCGUCGUACUCAAGUCCGCGCUCAAGGCCACGAUGCUCAAGAAGCGCGGGAAGGUGCGCCGGCGCAGUACAGAGCCGGUGCUGCCGCCCGCGCCGCCGCCCCCGCCGCCGCCCGCGCCCCCGCCCCCGCCGCCCCUGCCGCCCCCGCCCGACUCCUGAAUCUGGCUGAGCGAGCGCCUCAUCUGACGGCCUAGGGCUCAAGGUCGAUCGCGAGGCGCUCGCGGGACGAGAUUCCCCGACGUAGUAUUUCAUUUCCAUAAAAAUAUGUACAUAAAUAUAAACAAAAGAAAAAUAAUAUAUAAACUUAUUAUUGCAA